AUGCGUUCACCAUUCGGCACUACAGGGCUUACCAGAUCACUUGGUCUGGUGGCCCUCGCACUCUCAACCACCUGCACCGGGAUAUACAUCCCCAGUGCCCGUGUCCCCCUCCCGGCAUCUUUGGCCCGCAAGGAUGCCACCACCAUCACAGUCACCACCGUGUCCACAGCAGGCACGACGGUGACAAACCUCGAAGCGGACAGCAGUGUCUCCGUCCCCACUGCUGCUACUACCCCCAGCCUCCGCCGUACGCGCUCCAGACGACCGGUUACGGUUGUCGAGACGGUCACGGCCACUACGGUAAUGGAGACGGUCACGGUCACGCCGGCCGCCUCCUCGGCGACGAAUAGCGUCGAGGACAACAAUGCUUCUUCUGGUUCCUCCGAUGUGUCUUCUAUCUCUACCGAAGUCGUCACCGAUGUCGUUGUCGUGUCCCCUGAGACGGUUACCAUCAUUUACGGUGGGGGUGUCUCCUCUACUGAUGCCGGACCUGUUUCUCGCGGUGUCGUCUCUUCGGCUAGCGAUGUUCCCUCUUCCUCUGCCAAUGCUGCUUCCACCUCCAUCGAGGUGACUACUGUUACUGUCUUCCCCGAGGUCGUUUCUACCUCUACUGUUGGAGUGUCAUCCUCCACUGAUGAGGUUUCCGACUCUGCCUCCACCAACAACGCUGUCUCCACCCGCAGGACCACGAUUACCUUGGGAAAGGGAACGACCACUGCUACUGAGGCGGCCACUUCAGUCGAGCCGUCCACUUCUGUCCAGAGGACCAUUACAAUUGACACGGCCGCACUCGUAACUUUGCCCACGUCGCUUGUUACCCUAACAAGGAGAGCAGACAACAAAGCGGCUCCCUCCUCGCCAUCCUCUUCUGACGGGGGUGCCAUCUCCAUCGCGACCCUCGCCUCUGCCUCUCCUGUUGUGUGGAAUCCACUUUUCGGUCAUGGCCCUGUCGUUGUCUCUACCUCUUCUGCUUUCAUGAAUCCUCCUUUUGGUCAUGGCCCUGUCGUUGUCUCUACCUCUUCUGCUUUCAUGAAUCCUCUUUUUGGUCAUGGCCCUGUCGUUGUGUCCGCUAGUACUCUCGAUGCGCCGGAAACUCUGUCCACAGUAUUCGUCACGGCCAAGAGGACAGGCGACGCAGCGGUUUCCUCCGGUGGUUCCUCCUCCGCCGCUGCCUCUGCCUCUACUCCUGAUGUCGUCAAGACCCUUCCUGGCAUUGUCAUUGUCAGUAGCCUCGAUACGCCGGAAACAACUCUGUCCACGGUGUUCGUCACGGCGAAGAGGACAGGCGACGGAGCGGUCUCCUCUAGUGGCUCCUCCUCCGUCGCUCCCGCUACCCGUGCCUCUGCUUCUGUCUCCUCCAGUGGCUCGUCUUCCUCCGCCGCUGCCUCUGCCUCAACUUCUGCCGAUGCCGCUCCCGUUUCGUCUACUACCAAUGAUCGCCCCCUCCUUACCAUUACCAGGACCAGCACGAAUGUGACGGCCACGGUCCAUGUCACCGUGGCACCCACCAGGACUAGCACGAGUGUGACGGCCACGGUCCAUGUCACCGUGGUGACGGCCACGGUCCAUGUCGCCGUGACACCCGCCGCCCCCACCGAAACGAGGUCGACGCUGCAGCUGGCGCAGGCUAACUGUCUCGUGUGCCAGGACAUUUUCGACGACAAUGGUAUAGUGCCUCCUGAGAAGGUGCCUGCGUCUGCUGCUUAUGCUGUGAAGAGAAACUUGGACUCAUUGGAGGAGCCUCUGAAUAAUACUGCCCCUAGGCGCAGGAUACCAGUGGGGAAGUUGAUUUCUCUGGAUGGCGGUGAUGACAUUGCCCCCCUACUCAUCCCUCCGAUGUUGCCCACUGGUGGCGUGGUUGAUGAUCAUGCCAACGCUACUGUCAAUAGGGAUGGUGCUGUCGUUUCCCGCCAACUCGUCCCUCCUAUGAUGUCUGGGUUCAGCGUCGCCACCCACAUCACUCGGAGCUCGUUCUCGCCCAUCCGCCUUCCCCCCGUUACCAACAACGCGGACUUGCACACCACCCAUUCCACUCACUCGCCCAUCCGCCUGGCUCCAAUCACCAACAACGCGGACCAUGCCACCCGUCCCAAGCAAACCGCUACGCCCAUCCGCCUCGCCCCCAUCAACAACAUCACCACUCCCACCGGCGUCCCCCAACCCCAGCCCACCGACGUCCUACAACCCAAGCCAUUCAUAAACCACGCCCCCCUCAAGGACGUCCUCCCCGGCGUCGUUGACAAUGACCACCUUGAGCCCCUCUCCCAAGGCACCGCCAAGUCCCGCCGUGCCGAGACUUUCCCCCUCCCCCCUCUCAACAUCACCAGGGGCAACCUCAACCAGGCCUACAACCCCUCCCCCAAGUCCACCGUUUUCAAAACGCCCGCCACCAAGUCCCGUGUCCCUAACCCCCUCAUCGCUACCCCCAACCCCCUUCUCGGCACCCCUCGCCCGACCCCCACCCCAACCCCCGUAUGGGAACAUAAAACCCACAUUUAG